AUGAAGAGUGACCAGUCUAAUCAUCAUCCUCCAGUCUUCAGUAAUGAACCUGGACCCUCUAUGAAGAGUGACCGGUCUAAUGAUCAUCCUCCAGUCUUCAGUAAUGAACCUGGACCCUCAGACACAAAAGAGAGGAAGAGGAGGACUGUUUCUGUGGCGGAGCAGCUGCCCUGCUGUUCUUUGUGUCAGGACGUCCUGAAGGAUCCAGUCUCUACCAGCUGUGGACACUGGUUCUGCAGACAGUGCUUCACCUCAUACUGGGACCAGUCUGCUUCAUCAGGAGACUCCUCCUGUCCCCAGUGUGCAGAAGGAUGCAGAACUAGAUCUGGACUGCAGACAGACAGUCAGACCAGCACUGUACAAACAGAAAGUGGUCUGCAGGAGGUUUUAGAUGAACACCACAUCAGUCUGAGCAGCACAUGUGAAUGUGUGACUCAAGGAACCGAUGAAGCAGGAAUUAAAAUCCUCCUCAUCAGCAUCUUCACUGAGGUCCACAUCACAGAGGGACUGAGUGAAGAGCUUAAUACCCAACAUGAGGUGAGGCAGCUUGAAACAGCUUCCAAGAUGAAGACCCUCCAUGACACUCCAAUCAAGUGUCAGGACAUCUUUAAAGUCUUACCUGACCAACACAAACACAUCAGAGUGGUUCUGAUGAACGGCGUCGCUGGUGUUGGAAAAACCUUCUCAGUGCAGAAGUUCACUCUGGACUGGGCACAGCGCUCCGAAAACCAAGAUGUCAGUCUGCUGAUUCUGUUCUCGUUCAAGGCACUGAACUUGAUCAAAGAUGAGCAGUACAGUCUGCUCAUGCUGAUCCAUGUUUUCUAUCCAACAUUACAGAAGCUCACAGCAGAGAAGCUCGCUGUCUGUAAAGUUCUGUUCAUCUUUGACGGCCUGGAUGAAAGCAGACUUUCACUGGAUUUCAACAACAGUGAGGUCGUGUCUGAUGUCACACAGAAGUCAUCAGUCAGCGUGCUGCUGACAAACCUCAUCAAGGGGAAGCUGCUUCCAUCGGCUCUCAUCUGGAUAACUUCCCGACCUGCAGCAGCCAAUCAGAUCCCUCCUUCAUGUGUGGACAGGGUAACAGAAGUACGAGGCUUCACUGACCCCCAGAAGGAGGAGUACUUCAAGAAGAGAUUCAGUGAUAAAAGACAGUCCAGGAGAAUCAUCUCACACAUCAAGACAUCCAGGAGCCUCCACAUCAUGUGCCACAUCCCAGUCUUCUGCUGGAUCACUGCUACAGUUCUGGACCACAUGUUGACUACAGACCAAAGAGGAGAGCUGCCCAAGACCCUGACUGACAUGUACUCACACUUCCUGCUGGUUCAGACAAAGAGAAAGAAGAACAAGUAUGAUGAGGGACAUGAGACGAGUCCACAGGAGCUGACGGAGGCUGACAGGAACCUUCUUCUGAAGCUGGGGAGGCUGGCGUUUGAACAACUGGAGAAAGGAAACAUCAUGUUCUACCAAGAAGACCUGGAGCAGUGUGGUCUUGAUGUCACAGAGGCCUCGGUGUUAUCAGGAGUUUGUACACAGAUCUUCAAAAGAGAGAGUGUGAGUUUCCAGAAAACAGUCUACAGCUUUGUUCAUCUGAGCGUUCAGGAGUUUCUGGCUGCAGUCUACAUGUACCACUGUUACACCAGCAGGAACACAGAGGUAGUGGGGGUCUUUCUGGGGGAAAAUCACAUUUACUCAUCUCUUAAUGUCUUCCUGAAGAAAGCCAUGGAGAAAUCUCUCAGAAGUAAAAAUGGCCACCUGGACCUGUUUAUCCGCUUCCUUCAUGGCCUCUCUCUGGAGUCCAACCAGACUCUCUUAGGAGGCCUGCUGGGUCAGACAGACAACAGUCCAAAAACCAUCCAGAAAGUCAUCACCAACCUGAAGGAGAUGAACAGGAAGGAUAUCUCGCCUGACAGAAGCAUCAACAUCUUCCACUGUCUGAUGGAGAUGAACGACAGCUCAGUACAUCAGGAGAUCCAACAGUUCCUGAAGUCAGAGAACAGAUCAGAGAAGAAACUCUCUCUGAUCCAAUGCUCAGCUUUGGCCUACAUGCUGCAGAUGUCAGAGGAGCCUCUGGAUGAGUUUGACCUGAAGAAGUACAACACAUCAGUGGAGGGACGAUGGAGACUGAUCCCAGCUGUGAGGAACUGCAGAAAGGCUGAACUUCGGGGCUGUAGACUCUCAGAGACUCACUGUGAAGUUUUGGCCUCAGCUCUGAAGUCCAACCCUCAUCUGACAGAACUGGACCUGAGUCAAAACCACCUGUCUGAUUCAUCAGUGAAGCGUCUGUCUGCUGGACUGGAGAGUCCAAACUGUAGACUGGAGACUCUGGAACUAGAGAGCUGUGGACUCUCAGAGACUCAGUGUGAAGUUUUGGCCUCAGCUCUGAAGUCCAACCUUCAUCUGUUAGAGCUGGACCUGAGUAACAACAAACUGUCUGAUUCAUCAGUGAAGCGUCUGUCUGCUGGACUGGAGAGUCCAAACUGUAGACUGAAGGACUGUGGACUCUCAGAGACUCAGUGUGAAGUUUUGGCCUCAGCUCUGAAGUCCAACCCUCAUCUGACAGAACUGGACCUGAGUAACAACAAACUGUCUGAUUCAUCAGUGAAGCGUCUGUCUGCUGGACUGGAGAGUCCAAACUGUAGACUGAAGACUCUGAGAUUGGUGAGCUGCAGGUUGUCAAAGAUCAGCUGUGAUUAUCUGGCCUCAGCUCUGAUGUCCAACCCCUCCCAUCUGAGAGUGCUGGAUCUGAGAGAAAACAACCUGAAGGAUUCAGAUGUGAAGCAGCUGUCUGAUCUUCAGCAGAGUCCAGACUGCAGACUGGAGACUCUGAUACUUUAUGACUGUGGACUCUCAGAGACUCACUGUGAAGUUUUGGCCUCAGCUCUGAAGUCCAACCCUCAUCUGACAGAACUGGACCUGAACUACAACGAGCUGUCUGAUUCAUCAGUGAAGCGUCUGUCUGCUGGACUGGAGAGUCCAAACUGUAGACUGGAGAGACUGAUAUUGGAGAGCUGCAGGUUGUCAAAGACCAGCUGUGCUUAUCUGGCCUCAGCUCUGAAGUCCAACCCCUCCCAUCUGAGAGAGCUGGAUCUGAGCUUCAACAACCUGCAGAGUGACUGGUCUAAUGAUCAUCCUCUGAACUUCAGUAAUGAACCUGGACCCUCAGACACAAAAGAGAGGAAGAGGAGGACUGUUUCUGUGGAGGAGCAGCUGCCCUGCUGUUCUUUGUGUCAGGACGUCCUGAAGGAUCCAGUCUCUACCAGCUGUGGACACUGGUUCUGCAGACAGUGCUUCACCUCAUACUGGGACCAGUCUGCUUCAUCAGGAGACUCCUCCUGUCCCCAGUGUGGAGAAGGAUGCAGAACUAGAUCUGGACUGCAGACAGACAGUCAGACCAACACUGUACAAAGUAAGACUGAAGAUCUUGGUCUGCAGGAGGUUUUAGAUGAACAUCAGAUCAGUUUGAGCAGCACAUGUGAAUGUGUGACUCAAGGAACCGAUGAAGCAGGAAUUAAAAUCCUCCUCAUCAGCAUCUUCACUGAGGUCCACAUCACAGAGGGACGGAGUGAAGAAGUUAAUACCCAACAUGAGGUGUGGCAGCUUGAAACAGCUUCCAAGAUGAAGACCCUCCAUGACACUCCAAUCAAGUGUCAGGACAUCUUUAAAGUCUUACCUGAACAACACAAACACAUCAGAGUGGUUCUGAUGAACGGUGUCGCUGGUGCUGGAAAAACCUUCUCAGUGCUGAAGUUCACUCUGGACUGGGCACAGCGCUCCGAAAACCAAGAUGUCAGUCUGCUGAUUCUGUUCUCGUUCAAGGCACUGAACUUGAUCAAAGAUGAGCAGUACAGUCUGCUCAUGCUGAUCCAUGUUUUCUAUCCAACAUUACAGAAGCUCACAGCAGAGAAGCUGGCUGUCUGUAAAGUUCUGUUCAUCUUUGACGGCCUGGAUGAAAGCAGACUUUCACUGGAUUUCAACAACAGUGAGGUCGUGUCUGAUGUCACACAGAAGUCAUCAGUCAGCGUGCUGCUGACAAACCUCAUCAAGGGGAAGCUGCUUCCAUCGGCUCUCAUCUGGAUAACUUCCCGACCUGCAGCAGCCAAUCAGAUCCCUCCUUCAUGUGUGGACAGGGUAACAGAAGUACGAGGCUUCACUGACCCCCAGAAGGAGGAGUACUUCAAGAAGAGAUUCAGUGAUAAAAGACAGUCCAGGAGAAUCAUCUCACACAUCAAGACAUCCAGGAGCCUCCACAUCAUGUGCCACAUCCCAGUCUUCUGCUGGAUCACUGCUACAGUUCUGGACCACAUGUUGACUACAGACCAGAGAGGAGAGUUGCCCAAGACCCUGACUGACAUGUACUCACACUUCCUGCUGGUUCAGACAAAGAGAAAGAAGAACAAGUAUGAUGAGGGACAUGAGACGAGUCCACAGGAGCUGACGGAGGCUGACAGGAACCUUCUUCUGAAGCUGGGGAGGCUGGCGUUUGAACAACUGGAGAAAGGAAACAUCAUGUUCUACCAAGAAGACCUGGAGCAGUGUGGUCUUGAUGUCACAGAGGCCUCGGUGUUAUCAGGAGUUUGUACACAGAUCUUCAAAAGAGAGAGUGUGAGUUUCCAGAAAACAGUCUACAGCUUUGUUCAUCUGAGCGUUCAGGAGUUUCUGGCUGCAGUCUACAUGUACCACUGUUACACCAGCAGGAACACAGAGGUAGUGGGGGUCUUUCUGGGGGAAAAUCACAUUUACUCAUCUCUUAAUGUCUUCCUGAAGAAAGCCAUGGAGAAAUCUCUCAGAAGUAAAAAUGGCCACCUGGACCUGUUUAUCCGCUUCCUUCAUGGCCUCUCUCUGGAGUCCAACCAGACUCUCUUAGGAGGCCUGCUGGGUCAGACAGACAACAGUCCAAAAACCAUCCAGAAAGUCAUCAACAACCUGAAGGAGAUGAACAGGAAGGAUAUCUCUCCUGACAGAAUCAUCAACAUCUUCCACUGUCUGAUGGAGAUGAACGACAGCUCAGUACAUCAGGAGAUCCAACAGUUCCUGAAGUCAGAGAACAGAUCAGAGAAGAAACUCUCUCUGAUCCAAUGCUCAGCUUUGGCCUACAUGCUGCAGAUGUCAGAGGAGGUUCUGGAGGAGUUGGACCUGAAGAAGUACAACACAUCAGUGGAGGGACGAUGGAGACUGAUCCCAGCUGUGAGGAACUGCAGAAAGGCUGAACUUCGGGGCUGUAGACUCUCAGAGACUCACUGUGAAGUUUUGGCCUCAGCUCUGAAGUCCAACCCUCAUCUGACAGAACUGGACCUGAGUCAAAACCACCUGUCUGAUUCAUCAGUGAAGCGUCUGUCUGCUGGACUGGAGAGUCCAAACUGUAGACUGGAGACUCUGGAACUAGAGAGCUGUGGACUCUCAGAGACUCAGUGUGAAGUUUUGGCCUCAGCUCUGAAGUCCAACCUUCAUCUGAUAGAGCUGGACCUGAGUAACAACAAACUGUCUGAUUCAUCAGUGAAGCGUCUGUCUGCUGGACUGGAGAGUCCAAACUGUAGACUGAAGACUCUGAGACUAGAGAGCUGUGGACUCUCAGAGACUCAGUGUGAAGUUUUGGCCUCAGCUCUGAAGUCCAACCUUCAUCUGAUAGAACUGGACCUGGGUGGAAAUGAGCUGUCUGAUUCAUCAGUGAAGCGAAUGCUCAAUUCCCAGGACGGCCAGAAACUCAUCGACUCGUUCUUGGAUCCGAGUCCUUUUUCUUCCCUCAGUCUUCUCCAGAAGGUACAAUCUAGACCUGCUGUAUGCAAAAAGUGCUUUUUGAUCACUUCUCCCUCCCAACCCUACGACCCCUCGACCCUAACCCCUACAUCCACUCGACCCUCACCCCUCAUCCCACCUCUUCAACCUUUCGACCGUUCUUCCCCUCAUCCCUACCCAUCUACCUUCACCCCUCAUCCCUCACCCCACAUCCCUACCCUUCGACCGUUCAUCCCCUCAUCCCUACCCUUCGACCCUCACCCCUCAUCCCUCACCCCUUCUUCCCUAUCCCUCAACCCUUUAUCCUUCCACAUAAUAAAUACUUAA